GGUGGGAACUUGCGAGGCGCAUUUCCUCCUUCUCUCUUACCGCCACUCCAGCAUGUCGGCCGGCGGACUCUACGGUGGCCUGAAGUUCUCUUCAGGAGCAGCAAUCUCCUCUACCAUCUCGCAGGCUCAGCCGAACGACAAGAAAGACGACGCAGCGGCUGCGCCGACCCUACCAGCCGCCUCAACCUCCGAAGCGACCAGCGCCGGCGCCCCCGCUCCCAGCCCGACCGCUGCGGCGCCGGCAACAGCAUCAGCGGCAGCGACCAAGUCCACAGCCGGAUGGUCCGCCGCGCUCGCCUUCGCGCCCGUGCGCCGCAAGCAAGCAAAAGCCGAGGUCAAGCCCUCGAUACCGCUCGGGGCAUCGAUUGCGUUUACGCCACCGUCUGCGGCAUCCGUCUCGGCCACGGCCGUCAUUUUCGCCGAGCCGCAACUCGUGACGCCGGCGGCGAAGAGCGUGGAGGCAGAGGCGGCACCGGCGCAACAGACGCAAGGGUGGGGAAAGAAGAUCAAACCACCGUCGAUGGUCCUGGACGAAGACGUGAAUGGCUUCCGGGUGCAAAACAAGGGUCGUCAGGGAGGCGGCGGCGGCGGCGGUGGUGGUGGAAAGCGAAAGGGAAAGAAGAAUAAGAACGCUCAUCAAGUUGCGGUAUGGGAUCCACUUGAGCCAUACGACCCGAAUCGGCCCAACGACUACAAUGAGUUCAAGAUGUGGAAGCAGCGCGAGCGUGAGGAUCGCCGCCGACGUGCAAUCGAAGAGCGCGAGCGCAAGCGGCACAGACGCAGCCUUAGUUACUCCGAGGAUGAGGAGAGUGGUUCCGAAGACGAAAGGCCAAGAAAAGCUGGCCGAUUCAUGGAGGAUGACUACGACGACCGUCCUCGUGGGCUCGGUGCAUCCGCUCCGUCGGCACCCGUCGUUGUGAGCAAGGACAUGACCGGCGAUGAAGCAUACCAGCGGCGUCUCGCGAUGUCCCAAGGAUUGUCCAGUGCACCGCCGCCAGAUAUGACCGGUGACGAGGCUUAUCAACGUCGGUUGGCCAUGUCCCAGCCGGGGUUCGUAAAACCUGCCGCUCCGCCGACGGCGCCUGUCAGCGGGACCGCCACGCCCAUGGAGGACGAUGAGCCCGCCAAACUAUCCACGAGCGAGACAGCUGGCCCGGGGGUUUCCCCGCCCCAAACGGCACCGACCGCUUUGCCACCUCCUGGCAUACCGGUGACUAUGCCUCCUUUCCCCCCGAGUGCCGUUGCUAUCGCGAGUGUUAUCCCGCCUUUCCCGCCCAACAUACCGAUGCCGCCUUUCCCUUCCUCGGCAGGCAUGACAGGACCUCCUUUCCCAUCCCCUCACACGCCUUCUGUUCCCUCGUCCGUUCCGCCUAUGGCAAGGGCACCCGAGCUGGAGGGUGGAAUCGAAGAAGAACUGGGCUUCAACCCGUUCGCACCGCGACCAGCCCCUCCCCCUCCGCCGCCUGGGGCGCUGGACGCGGCAGUGCAGAGCAAGAAGAACGCUGCUGCAGCGAUCGCAGCGAGGUUAGCUUCGCUCGCUCCUGGGGGCAGCGGGGGUAGCGCUGGAUCUGCAUCACCUGCACCCGCAGACGAACCCGUGAAAAGACCCGACCCCGCCGGAUUCGCCGCCCGUCUCAUGGCCAAGUGGGGGCAUAAGGAAGGGCAGGGUCUCGGCGCGGACGGCCAAGGCAUUGUCAAUGCGCUCACCGUCGAGCAGGUCUCCGCCGGAAAGGGGAAGAAAGCGGCACAGGCACAGGCACAGAAUGGAGGCAAGGGGAUUGGGCUCGCCGGGAAGGGGAUGGGGAGGAUUAUCAACGACAACGAGGACGCGAAGACGAGGGAGGAUAAGAUGCGAUUCGGCGAGCCGAGUAGGGUGGUCGUGCUCACUAAUAUGGUGGGGCCGGAGGAUGCGGACGAUGAAGAUUUGAGAGGCGAGAUUGGCGAUGAGUGCUCGAAGAACGGGACAGUUGAGCGCGUCGUCGUGCACCUCCUCAGCCCGCCACCCGAGAACCCUGAGGAAGCUGUCCGAAUAUUUGUUGUGUUUGCCGGACCAGCUGGCGCAUGGAAGACGGUGCGCGAGCUGGAUGGGAGGUACUUCGGUGGUAGGACGGUGAGGGCAAGGUAUUUCCCAGAGAAACACUUCAACACGGCUUGGUGGGACGCGCCGCUUGCUUGAGUGUGUUAUGUUUGUUUCCUUCUUUGCAUGUCCCUU